AUCGAAAUGCCUGUUCAACUUCAUCCCCGUCUCCUCACUGCCAUCUUCUCUCUCUCUCUCGUAUUUCUCGAACCAGAAACAGUGACAACCUGUCACUGACUUAGCUCACAUAUAUCAAUCUUUAUGCCUUUAUAGACUCAGAUUUUGUCACUUCUUCAUUACUCUUAUUUAUAUAAAUUUCAGUGUAUUAUCCCAUUUGCUCUGUGGUCUCUUUCAACAGUUUAAACCUCACUCCUCUGUUACUCUCCAAGUUAUUUGUUGUGAGAUCUUGCAAAAGGAAAAAACAUAUGGAGUCUGAUAAUGCAUUUGAAGUGAAAGAUGAGAGUGUCACUGAGGAAAGGCAUCUUGAAGCAUUAGCCAUGGAACCAACGAAAGAAGAAAACAAUUCACCUAAUGGUCAAGGACCUAAAAUUGCCAAUGAAAUUUCUGAAAUCGUUGCAAAAGUUGAAGGUCACAAUUCUUCUGAUGCGGGAAUUAAUGUCAAAGCCAAUUCGUCCACGGAAUCGGCUACUCCUGCUUCAAAAAAUAACAGAUUGUCUAAGGAUAAACCCAAUGUGAAAAGCCCUGGUCCAUUUUCUCUUAACCAGAAGCCAUCACUUUCUCAAAGUCUUUCAUUCCCAGCAAAAGGAGUUCGUCCUGAUAAUAUGAGGAAGAGCAUUGAUGGACACCCAACAAAAACUAUGGUCAAACAUGCCCAAGAGAAUGGUCAAAAAAGUAAAAUCACUUCGAAUGGAUCAAUCACUUCAGCUUUUCGCUCAACUCAAACCACUAAACGUGCAUCCAUUGGAGUGAUCUCAAAGGAAACAAAUGUUAACGGUGGUAAAGCUUUUCCUAGGAGGACUUCUUUAGAUACCAUGCCAAACAAACAACAGGCUACACCUGUAAAAUCAAGUUCUUUGAGUGAAUCCACCAAUGGACUUCCCUCUGGAGUUCCUGAAUUGUUAGCUGAUCAAAAUUCAGAACCUGUAACAACAACACUGCUGGGCAAAGACGAUGAUGACCUUCAUUCAACUACUUCAAGUGCUACUCAUUCGCGGAGAGCUAGUGGUUCUGGGUUUUCCUUCAGGUUGGAGGAACGUGCAGAAAAGCGGAAGGAGUUUUUUUCGAAGCUAGAAGAGAAGAUCCAUGCUAAGGAAAUAGAAAAAAGUAACUUGCAGGCAAAGUCAAAGGAAAAUCAGGAAGCGGAAAUAAGGCAACUAAGGAAAAGUUUGAAAUUUAAAGCUACACCUAUGCCAAAUUUCUACAAAGAACCUCCUCCAAAGGUUGAACUGAAAAAGAUACCAACCACCCGGCCAAUAUCACCAAAGCUUGGAAGGAACAAGAGCUCAAAUACUUCAAUUAACAGUCCUGCAGAGGGUGGUGGAUCUUCUCUAAGUCCACGAUCUUCACAGGUUCCUCAUCCUUUAAACAAAGACUUGAGCAAUCCGAUCAAGGGAAUUCAAAGAAAUGGUAACAACGACAUUGUUGCUUCAAAAACACCAAUCAAGAAAUCACAACCUAAGCUUCAGACAAAAAGUGCUACCACAGGAGCUGAAGGAAAGACUAUGAAGUCAAAAGGAAAGCCUGUAGAAUCUGAGAGCCGAAACCCACAAGCAUGUGCCGAAAAGGCUGAAGAGAACCAUACGAGUUCUGUGAAUGUUCUUACAUGUGAGAACGGAAGCGAUACAAAUACAAUGCCUGAAAACAAUUCUGCUCAGGAUGGUGGACUGAUAUUAAGUCCACCCAACCCUGAGAUUAUACUAGCAGAAGUCACAGUUGGAGGGUGAGAAAAUGAUUCUUGCAUCUUAAUUGUAUCUAUAGAUUUUGAUAUUUGAUGUUGAUGUGAAUAGUCUUGUUAUAUUUUUGAGUAUGUAAUUUUUUGGGGGGUGCUUGUGAAAGUAAUAUAAAUGAAUAGGUUAUAUCAUGUAAGCGUUUAUUCUUUUUUGUUAAAUUCUAUUGUAGUAUUUAACAAAACUUGAUAGUUUUAUCAUUCAUUUUUGCUUCCA